AGAACGCGCAGACACACACAUUCUCUCACACACUCACUCACUCAGUCACACACACACAGUCAGAGCCGAGUAGAGGAGCUGAUCCUCCUGAUCGGUGCCAGACGCACGGUCGACUUUUUUGUUUUUGCGCGAGUUUUACUACGUUUUAGUUAAGUUUGUUUUUUAGAUUAAGAAUAAUACUUCACUUUAGUGUCAAGUUUGGAUUUUCUUUCAAUUUGUGGUUCAUUUGUCACGCCUCUUUGGAAUAUAUUUCGGGAUUAAAGGUGGCUCCUUCACGACGCGCAGAAGUCAUUUUGAAAAAGUUCGCACGGGAGGAUUGUUUCUCUGACGCAGGAGCGCGCAACUUGUCAGUGCGACUUCGUCUGGAGUGUUUUUUUUUUUGACUUGAGUCGUCCCAGAAAUGGUGGGGCACCUACAUUUACAAGCGAUGGAUGAUAGCCUGAAAGGAAAGAACCGGGAAGGGCUGCUCGACAGUCCGGAUUCGGGGUUGCCUCCCAGUCCCAGUCCGCCCUUCUGCUCACUCUCUCCGGGUCUGAUCGAGUCGCGCUCCGGCAGCUGCACGACGCCCGUCGAAAGUCAUCAUGGAUAUUGUAAAAAGGAAAGCAGAGAAGGCAAACUGCUGCCCUACCUGCUGCUGAACUCCACGGGCACAGACCCAAAGACUCGCAUGCACCCCGUGUUCUUCGGAGAAAGCAUCGAGGUCAACCCCAAACCAGAGCAGGAAAUCAAGUGCAACUCCGAGGUCAAGUACGACUCCGACAAGCACUACCGGGACCAGGUCUACUGCGCCCCUGUUCCCACGCCCACUUCCUUCAGCGAGACAGUGGUGGCUGUGCGAAACUGCACUUGGAAGAGCUAUAAGUCCCAGGUGUAUCUGGAGCCGCGGCAGAAACCCAUUAGCUACCAGAGCACCACCAUUAUCUACCCGAAACACGCCAAGAACACUUACCGCACCACGCUCAACUACAACGCCACGGGCUCCCGCCGCUGGUUUGUGUCCACGGUGCAGCUGGAGUCGAGUGAGGAUACUAGUCCCUGUAUCAUCUACACAGAGGACCUGUAGGGCCCAGAGCACACAGGGAGAGGGCUACCUGGUGAUCAUCCUAUUUUGUUUUGGAGGACAAGGAACUUGGGAAGGCCCGCAUUAAAAGGGAAAUACUUCAAGUAAUACCCGGAGCCCCUAAAAACCCUACUCCGUUCAUCUAUACUCGCCAUGGAGGAAACUCUGGGAACCCUUUAGUGACAUUUCCCCUGAGUGUUUUUAGACUUUCUACUGUUGCAGUCUUUAAAAAGGGAGUCUGUCCUGUGGCAGUUUAAAGCUGCACUUCAAUGGUUAAUGUCUUAUUUAAUACAAGAGCUGACAAAUUGGUGGCCUUUGCGUUCUUUCAGUUUGGAUUGCAACCUCAGUGAAGGUAACAGACCGUAGACGUCUGUGUAUGUAGAGAAACGUCAAGAUGGCACGUGUGGUGGAUUUCAGCCGAGCCUGCACAAACCCAUUCACACCAAUGAAAAUCUUUCUAAUAUGGCUCUGUUGCACUUGUUUUCUAUAUAUCACAGUCUUCCCAGUGGACUUGGCUAGAUGGGGGGGGUGGGGGAUUUCAGAACUGCAUAUGAAAAAUUGGACCAAAGAUAGUUUGAACAGUUUAUCUCUUUGUAAUACCUCCACACACAGACAUAACACUUGGUUUUGUUGUACAGUUGUACAGUUUUAAAACACAUUCAAACAGCAGCUUGUGUAGUUUGAUCAAGCGUUUAAUUAAAUUCAACUGCACAUUGCCAGGUUUAGAAUUACAGAUCACAGCACAACAAAAACAGAUUGCCUUGAGAAUAUUUGAAAAAGGGAGAUAAUAAAUAUUCAGCCGUGUUGGAUCACUGCAGUUAAACACCUGUUAAACCUAAUGUCUGUUGAACUUAAUUUGAAUACUUUAGUUAAGAUCAUAUAGGAGUUAAGGGUGUUUAUAGGUUAAAACAAAAUGUAUUACUAUUUAUUAAAAGUUGAACACUUAAAAGUUCAGUUAAUCUAUUCUGGCAGUCCGGAACCUCUCAGUUCAUUUUAGAUUUUCAAGGAGGCAUUAUCAUGGAUGUAUUGAGCUGUUAUCAACGAUGCAUCAACGAUGCAGACCAAAAUGCCUCUGACCGCAAUUGAAUAGUCCUACAAUCAAUCAGAGUAACGAAAAAAGCAAGUUGGGGUGGUGCUUGGUCUGUUUUGAAGCAGGAAAAAAAAAACACAUCAGUAACAAAAUCUUAAUUCAUAUUUCAUCAGAACCACCUACUUUGACAGUGUGAUCUGAGUUCUGUUUGCCUGGUGCAUUGUGCUGGACACAGUAUCCAAGUUACGUCCAGUUACCAGGCUCCCAUGAAGUACACCUUGAAUGUAAUUGCCAAACAGUGGAAUUACAAAAAUACUUUUUCACAUAGCAAAAGACAUCUGUAAAUGGAUAAAAAAAAAAAUUUAAGCGCCACAACCCCUGUAUAAUGAUUUGUUUCUCUAUCAGAAUUUGAUCCAUUCAGUCCAUUUUAACAUUUGGAAAGUCUAGAUAGUCGCAUGAUUAAAUCCUUUAACCCCCAUUCAAGUUAGUGGAAGUCUAAAGUGCAUCUGCUCUAUGGGCCGCACAGUGCGGAAGCAGUGCCUAUCAUCCGGGUAAUUUUAUUCACAGUUUUGGCUGAAUGAUGGCUUCAUGCACCACUGAUCAACUUUCAUAGGAAUGAACAGAGCGCUUUCUUGAACGCUGGAUCCAGUUCUUAUAAUACAUCCAUGCCAGUCAGUCAUCAUCUUACAGUUACAAGAUGACGGAGAAAAAACUGCAUUUUUUCAAGGCCUUUAAGACGGGUGGCAAUUAUUGUAUGGUUACAUUUUUUUUUUUCAAUAAGUGUAACUUUGUUUUGAACCUGCUUUGGUGUCAAAUGGUGGAACUUGUCACACAAGCGCUAAGAAAUUAGACAAUCAGGGGAAAGUGUUUGACAAAGAAACACUUCUCCGUCACAACCUCUGCAAGGAACACAGUGUACUGAUGCUGUGGCACUCACGUGUCUACUUUUCCAUGAGAGUCAAACACAAAUACAAGAGCUAUUUCCAACUGCAAUUUUCUGGAUGGUUUAGUGAUACAAGGAAUCAACGUUUCAACAGCCUUUCAAAAAAAGGCUAACACUGUUCUGGAUUAGGUGGCACCAGCUAUUCGUAAAUCCAUCUAUAAGUUUGUGCAUGAAGUGACUUGUUGUUAGUUUCCAACUAGUGAUUUACUAAACCAUGUUGCACCAUUAAAAGUUAAGGAAUGUCUUAGUAACGACUUUCUAGGAAGUAUCUACAGCUCGGUCCAAGCUAAAGAAAAUCAACAAUGUCAACAUGAAGUCCCUUUAGGGUCACAAACUUAAUAGUUUUACGUGGGCAAACAAUAUAUUAAACUAAACUAGUAAUCUUUGCUAAUUGUAGGCAAUACUUUGUUUUGUUUACAUUAAAAUAAGUGUUUUUCAGUAUUCACGCAAUAUCCGAUUAUGCUAACCUAGCUAACGGUAUUCGGUCAUUUAGUCUGUCAUCUUAACCUAGCUAACGGUAUUUGGUCAUUUAGUCUGACAUCUGGUUAAGUCAUUUUAGUCAUGUUGUUAUUUGUUAAAUUAGAUUAAAAAUGUUCCCAAGUGUCAGGUCAGAUGUUUUGACCAUAUUACCUCUUGUACUCUUCAUUCUGAACGUGUCGUAUAUUUGCAAGCUAACUUUAGCUUUGUUAGUUUGUUCCGUUAGCUAACGUUCUGUACACCGUUCAGUUAAACCUGGCAGUUACUGGGAGAAAUAACAAGCAAUCUCUGCAUAAGAAAAACUUUGUGUGAUGCAACCCCUUUUAAUUUAGUUAUGUGAAAAUCUUCACCAAGUAACAACUAGGCUUGAACUUACAAAUAGCUGGUGCAACAGUGUUUUAUGUUGUUUUCAGAUAUCACAACAUUGUCAUAUUGGGCAGUUUCUGAUCCAAGGUAGCUUAAAAGUAUCAAACCCCUCUGAAAUUACCAGCAUGUAAAAAGCGGAGCAGUGAAACCACAAAAUUUCCCUUUCGAAGAUGUAAAAUAGAUUUUUAUAUUAUAUAAAUAGAGCGUUUUCAUGACUUCUUUUUGUGUCUGUAUAUAUAUAUAUUUCGAUUACUGAAUAUGGCAAAUAUUGAAACUUCAGACUUUACCUCAAAUUUUCAUAGGUAUCAGUUUUACUUCAUUGCAAAUGAGUUUUCCCGACUUUCAGUUCUGGUUUUGAACUUGCGGUCUCGAUAUUUUUUUUUUUUAUAGUUACCCUCCAGGUGUGUAAGGGUAGGGGAGUGCACGAAGCUGAGGUGGUGCAUCAUGGGUACUUGGUUUAAAUGAGGGAACAGUAAGUAGCAUUACAAAGAGCAAGAGGAGAAAAGUCAAAACCCUGUCCUUUACAAAAGAAACAUUAUAGAUGAGGUAAUUGUUCUGAAGAUGGCUUUUUAUACUAAACAGUAAAGUUCCUGAAAAGAUGAGAGGGUUUUUGGUAUGUGUAGAAUCGAUGGUCUGAGAAAGUCGGUGUCAAGUUUAAUACGUUGGUGGUUUUAUGUGAGAAACUUUUGUUUCCUUACACUUGAUUUUGUUACUGUAAAAUAGUUUCUUGUUGUAUAUGUGGCAUCUUCAUAAUUCUCUUUAUAUUUUUGUACGUCAAUCAUUGUUCUUGUUCUGAUUAAAGAAAAUAAUUUAAAAAGAUGUAUAUCCUAAGUGAAUAAAAAAAAAGCAAUUUUCCAAACCUU